AUGACCAAACUCCUCAUUUCCAUCUCCUUCCUCCUCCUAAUCAUCGGCGGCGCAUCCGCCCAAUUCCAAUUCUUCGAACAAAUGUUCAACGGGCAACAACAACAACAGCAACAACGUCAACCGCAGGAUGUACCUAGUGAUUCACAAUGGUAUCAGGAUAAUUAUGAUCGAGCACACUGCACGACCUACCUCUGCCCGCAAACCCUUUCCUGCGUCGCCUUCCCACACCACUGUCCCUGUGCACACCCCUUGUACGAAGAAAAAUUCGAGUUGGCGGAUGGGAAUGCGAUUUGUAUUAGUAAAGGGGGAUUUAAAGCUGGGGAGGCGGCGAGGAAGGUUGAGUUGGCCAGGAAGGGGUUGAUUUGA